AUGGUCGGUGAUACGCGAUUUGUCCCCGACUCACGAGUCAGAAAGGCUCCGAACCGUCAGUCGCGGUCUUGUAAGGUCUGCCGGCUCCGGAAAGUCAAGUGUGACCGAGUCAAGCCCUGCCACGCCUGCUGUGCUCAUGGCUACCCGUCCAAAUGUGUGUAUGAGCACGUCCCCGACGAAGAGGCCCACCCCAUCAGCCAAGCGGAGGAGAUUCGGAACCUACGGGCGGAGAUCCGCGACCUUCGUGGAAGAAUAGAUGACAAAACGCAUGGAUCUGGGGCACAGGAUCUCCAACGCCUGGACAAGCUUGAGAGCUUAUUUGAGUCUAUUCGCUCCGCACCAACCCCGCUAGUGGAUAAUCUUGUUCGUGAUAUUCGGACCUCACAUGUCGGCCUCAAGAACAGUUUGGUCCCUGUCGGACCAUGGGAAGGCAGGGAAGCGUAUGAAUCCUACGACUAUCCCCCGAGCCCUUCUGUAACUUUUCCGCUUCGGACUCGCCUGUUACUAACCCCGGACGAAGACUUCAAUAAUUUUCAAACUGAGGAUGACGAUGACAGCGACUUCGAGCGCAUGUCGCUGAGUAGUGGAUCUGACUCAUCUGGCACGAUCUCAAUCAUGAGCAUGCAAAGACCAGCGGUGGAUGUGUUUGUCGAGAGAUUUUUGGAUGCAUUUAGUCCAGAAGUGGAUAUGAAAUCCGGAAGAGCGGGUGCAUUACGAGCUGCCGCGGGGAUUCGGAUGUUCUCACCACUCAUCACAGAUGCAUUCGAGGCCGUUUCGGUGGCAUUCUUUGGUCGUUCUGUGCAGAGCAAGCAUAUCGAGGCAUCCGGGUUCCGACUUUACCCCCGUGUGCUACGUUCAUUACAGGAUGCGUUGGUGGAUCCCGAAAAAUCCAAAGCAGAGUCAACACUGGUGACGGUGAUUCUCUUGCUGGCUUUUGAGAGCGUUGAACGCACUACUCAGAGUGGUGUCUCAUCUCACGUCCGAGGAGCAAUGCGCGUGAUCGAACACCGUGGGCCAGAAAAUCACAUCUAUGGGGUUGAACAUCUUAUAUUUACAGAACUCCGUCCAUAUUGGAUUGGCGCCGCUUUGGCAGCUCGACAACCCUCAUUCCUGGCCCAUGAAGACUGGAAGACCAUUCCGUGGUCAGCAGGGACCACCCAAAAAGACAUUCUACACAGUCUGCUUGACCUGGCCACCGAGGUCCCAGGUUUACUAGCGAUAUCCGAUGCCUUCAAAGAAGCACAAAUCACAUCUCACAUGGGGAGACAAGAGAUGGCUGUCAAACAGUCUACCCUUUGGAACAAAAUACGCGAUCUUACAAACCGCUUCUAUCGAUGGUACGAAGACCAUGUUGUCGCAUAUCCUGACGGGCCACCGCAGGAAGUCGAACAAAUCGGUGACCAGGGUUUCCCAAUUUUCCAACGCCGCGACCUCCGCACGGGGGCUACUUUCAUCCCAACAAGAUUUACAUAUCCAAACCUGCUACUCGCACAAACCAUGUGUGUCUACUACGCCGUGCGAUUGGUUUUGUCCUCGAUCGACAAACGGCCAGACGAUUGCGUCUCACCCCUUGAACAAUACGACUUGGGCUGCGGGAUCUGCCGCGCGUUUGAAUUUUAUAUCCUCACUGCGCCGGGCAACAUGAUCAAUCGUCUUGCAUUUCCCACUCGAGUAGCGUGGGAAGUAUUUCCGGAUGGAGGUCCAGAGCGCCGUUUCAUGGUUGAGGUAUUUCAACUAGUUGAGAAGCGGCAUUCUCUUGCGCUUUGGGGCAGUGCCAUGCCAGAGUUAUCUACAAAAGAAUCCUCGCCACUGAAUACGGGUAGUUCGUAG